GUUAAGCUAAUUGUUUUUAAUCGAUGGUCUCUAUAUCUAUGUGAUGCAUUUUAAUUUGACGUAACAUUUUUGUGGAAUUGUUUUUAUUUUAAGUGUAAGAUUCAUGAUGAUACGGUCGUUAGCUACUGUUUUUGAGUUGUGUUGCCCUAGAUCUCUUUAUAUUAAAGAGGCUUGUAAGCUGCAUACCUCAGUUGUUAUGCGAAAAGUAGAAGACCGCAAGGGCAUGAUGGCUUCUAUGCCCGAGAAAGAUGAAGGAACAAGUGGAGAGAAAUCAAUUGAUAUAGAUACGCUAAUCCAGAAAAAAGAAAUGUUCUUCCCAGAUAUCCAAACAAGUCAUCAAUUAUUUAAUGGGAUUCCUUUUGCUGAAUUGCCAGUUUGUAAUAUACGAGUAUCUCCUAACAACACUAUAAUAAGCGUUACGGAUUUUAAGGGUGUACCUAGGCUAAUCCGAUCUUGCGGUAUCGAAGGUUUUAAAAAUACUCGAAAAGGUACAAAUAUUGCAGCUCAAGCUACAGCAAUAACUAUUAGCGAGAAAGCAAUAGAAUUAGGUUGGAAGACCGUCCGGGUAAAGGUACGUGGAUUGGGACCUGGCCGUAUGUCUGCUAUUAAAGGUUUGCAAAUGGGAGGUCUUAAUAUUGUUUCCAUUACUGAUUCAACGCUUGUAUCUUGGAAUCCCCCUCGUGCCAGAAAGCAAAGAAGUUUGUAAAACAAAAAAAUUUAAAAAUGUUCCUUAUUCAUAAAUAAAUAUUUGGAUUGGUAA